AUGAGGGCGGCCAGCCACACCUGCGGUGUCCACGCGAACGGCCGGUCACCUCGAGCAUGCUCCGACCGCGCCUCUUCGUUCCUCCAUCGCGCGCCCUGCGUCUUCGGCCCCGGCGUCGGCGCGCCCGCUUCGUCCUGCGUCUACAUCGACCCCGACUCCGCGCAGGUCUGCACCGCCCCGCUCGGCCUCCGCUCCCGCGCCUCGGCCGUCUUCGCACUGGCCCGGCCUCCGCUCGAGCCCGUUGUCUCGCGCGCCCGCGUCCGGCCCUGCUCCCGAGCCGGCUGCUGCUCUGUGGUCGGCAGGAGGCUCCGUCGACGCGCCCGCCUCAUCCCGGGACGGCUGCAUUCAAAAUGGCUUGUAAGCAAUGACAUCUAUUAUAUUUGGAACCAUGGCCCGAAGUUUGGUGGGGGAUUUGAUUGUCGGCACUGCCCCCUAAUCACUAGAGGAGGAGGUGCAACCCGCUUUAGGGAGCACCUUGGAGGUAUACCAGGUGAUGUGAGGGAGUGCCCUAAUGUUCCAAGAAAUAUUCGUGCUGCAAUGAGGGAAUCCCGGGAUGACUCAAUGCGGAAGAAGAGGGAAAAGAAAAAUCGUAGAUUUCGUUUGGAAAGGGAUAUCAUGGAAGGGUUGUACCACGGAGAAGGGGUGAUAAAUAUUGAAGAUGGUGAGGAAGAGAUCCAGGCCGCACUUCGGGAGAUACUAAGAGACAAGAAUGUCUCUCGCGCAGUUGAGAGGAGGCGUGAGAGUGGCAGUGGUGUUCGUGUGUCUCUUGGGAAACAGAGUAUCACAGCAUACUUUGACAAGGAAUUGUCGAGCAACAAAGUAUCAAUGCAGCCAAAGAUCAGCACUGCUUUGAAUGUUGAGUCAAAAGAUGUACUUGGCCAAGCUUGGGCAAAGUUUUUUCAUGCUAAUGACAUUGCUGGUCUGAAAGCAAAUUGUCCCUAUUUUCGUGCGGCUGUCAAGAUAACUCAAAACCUUGGCCCAGCUCCUGUUCCAACUGCCAAGGAGAUUGAUGGGAUAUAUUUGGACAAGAAUUAUGAAGAAGCUGAGCAGUGGCUGAAGAUGUUCAAGCAAGACUGGAGGAACUAUGGUGUAACUGUGAUGUGUGACUCAUGGACAUGGCCUACUGGUAUGAGUCUCAUCAAUUUCAUGGUGUAUUGCAAUGCACGGAUGUUCUUUCAUAAAUCCAUUGAUGCUUCUGGUCAAACUCAGACUGCAGCACUUACAGGGAAUGUCAUGGGAGGUUUGGCUCAAGGUUGGCACGUUCCUCUACAGAGAAAAUGUCACCAACUGAGUGGUGGUUCCAAUUUGGAGGGGAAGUUCCUAAUCUACAGAAGUGUGCCUUGA